AUGAAUACUACGUACGCCUCGGCGUUUCUCGACGCCAAUCAACUCAACUACCUCUCGUCCUACGCGCCCUUCUACUACACCCCGCGCACCGCGAUCCUCGACUGGCUCCCGGACCACUUCCUCGCCCUCGCCGUCCCUGUAGUCGCAUACUGGUGGCUCGGCCUCGUAUUCCACCUCCUCGAUGUCUCCGGAUGGAGGUGGCUCGACAAGUACCGCAUCCACGAUAGUGCGGAGGUCCAGUCCCGCAACCUGGUUACGCGCAUGCAGGUCGUCUGGGCUGUUCUUCUCCAACACACUGUCCAGACAGCCCUCGGGAUAUGGUGGAUCGAGGUGAAGCCCACCGGCGCCGAAGUCGACCAUAUCGCCAACAUGCUCGAUAUGGCCCCCUUUGUGGCGUCUACCGUGCAGCGCGUCUUUGGCGAGCAGUACGGCUCCCAGCUCCUGGCAGAAAAGGGCGCGCACGCAUUGUACACGCUGUACUGGUGGGCGAUACCCGCCGCCAAGUUCCUCCUCGGAUGCUUCAUCAUCGACACUUGGCAAUACUUCCUGCACCGCUUGGUGCACACGAACAGCUACCUCUACCGCAAGUUCCACUCCUACCACCACCGGCUGUACGUGCCGUACGCGUACGGCGCGCUCUACAACCACCCGCUCGAGGGCUUCCUCAUCGACUCGCUCGGUGCGCUCAUCGCAGAGAAGAUAGGCAACCUUAGCACGCGCGAGGCGAUGUUCCUCUUCGGCAUCUCUACGCUCAAGACCGUCGACGACCACUGCGGUUACAGUCUCCCGUGGGACCCGCUGCAGUGGUUCAGCGGGAACAACGCGGACUACCACGAUAUUCACCACCAGGCGAUCGGCAUCAAGUCGAACUUCUCGCAGCCGUUCUUCGUGCACUGGGACGUCCUCCUCGGCACGCGUAUGACGCGCAAGGACAUCGAGGCGCGGAGGCAGAAGCAGAAAGACAAGCAACUCAAGAGCCAGUAA